UACAAUGUAAAUACUAGGUUUCCUACUUCAUUGGUAAAUACGGAUAAAUUGUUUGGCAUUACUAAAUAAAAUAAAAAUCAAAGAUAACAUGCUAAAAUGUUGGAUUUAAAGGCCUGCUUUGUAUGCUUUAGUGUUGAAACGAAGUUAAUUAAUUUGGAUCGAGAGAAAGUGAGAAAAGAUUUUAACUUGAUUUCCGGUCUUCAGACUAAGCCUGGUGAAGGCCUUCCAGAAUACUUGUGUGUGUAUUGUUUGGCUUUUGUAAAACGCUCAAUUAAGUUCCGAGAAAAAUGUAAGAGAGCUCAUUUUGCUUUACAAGAAAUUCUGCAAAACUGUAAAGAGAUAAAAACAUAUCACUUAACAUCAUUUGAUGGAAAACGUCUGGGCAUUGGACCCCAGCUAUCCUAUGUGGACCUAGACAAAACUCACUAUGAACAAACAAAAUUUCAAUGGGUGAAACAUAAUCGGAUCAUUACAACUACAGGUGACAUAAUCCCAGUAGCUCACUGCAGUACACUGGCAAACCAAGACAUAUUUUUUGAAAUUGAAGUAAAGAAUAAUGAAUUAUCUGAGAAAGUUAAAACAGAAGUUGUAGAAGAGCAAUUUGUGAAAAGUUUGACAAAAAAUGAAACAUAUGAAGACACAAAUCUAGAUGCUGGAGUUGAUGAUGAUUAUUAUGACACAGAAGUUCAGAAUGACAGUGAUGGCCAGGAGACAUUAUUUCCUGUUAUGUCUUGUGACAUUAAUAAGGAUGAAAAUGACAAGGCCGAUGAGGAAUAUGCAAAUGUAUACCCUAUAUCAGUGAAAGAAGCAAAAGCAGCAUUAGAGGUUCAUAGGUUGUAUAGCAGUAAUGGGAAGCAUAUGUGUUCAAUUUGUAGUAAAAGACAUAACAGUGCCGAACGUCACAAAAUACAUUUGAGGAUGCAUGAUAAGCACAUUAGCGGCAAAUAUCAUUGCAAAAUAUGUAAUUAUUAUUACAAAACGGAAUUUCUUCUACAGUCACACAUGACUGAGAAACACAUGUACAAAUAUGUUUGUACUAAAUGUAAGGAGGUCAAUUUUGAUAGAGCUUCAGCAAAACAGCAUUUCAUAUGGACUCACAUGCAGAAAGGACACAAAAAAGAUGAUACUUGGUACAAAAACAGACCGACGUGGCUUAGUUCCAGAGGAGGCAAACGGAUUAAAGGCUCAAAACACAGCAAAACUCCUGUGACUACCAGUAGAAAAUUCUCAAAGCUUCCGGAAGACUUCCUAGUUUAUUCUCCCAUAAGUCAUUUAGAACAAUACCAGCUAGUACAGGACAGAAAAAAGACAAAUAACUAUUUGGAUUCACUUUUCAAAUGCGAACUGUGUUAUAGAGGCUUUAGGGAAUCCACUACAUAUGAAAAGCAUAUGAAGAAACAUGAUCCGACCGUAUCUGGUAAUGUUCAAUGUGAUAUGUGCAAACUGUAUUUCUUGAAUCAAAGGAAACUCUACAAGCAUAUGAGUUGUACGCAUCUAUUCAAGUAUUCAUGUCGUUUGUGCAGUUUCGUAUGCGUCAAUAGGGGUCAAGCGCAUGCGCAUUACAGAUGGCACAAAAAUGUAACGUACCCCUGUCCCCACUGUGAUAAAGUAUUCAAAAAAAUAUCAACGCAGCUAACACACAUACGACUGAAACACCCUUCGAACAACAUCUGCAAUCUGUGCGGGCACAGCUUCGUCGGUGAGAACGGACUGUACUGUCACAAGCAGAUCGCGCACUCAGUAGAGGAGAGGGAACUGAGUCAGUCUGUGUCUGUGAACCCUUCGGACUCCAUGUACUGCGCCGCCUGCGGGAUACAGUUCCUCAACGAGGAAGCGUUCAACACGCAUCUGGGCAGCUCCAAUAAACACGCCACCGUCAAUGAGUCGAUACUGAUGAAGCGCAAGCCGGGCGCGGCGCGAGGCGGGGGGCGCGGGCGGCCGGCGCGCACGCACGCGCUCGCCUCGCACAUCGUCAACAACGGGCUCACCACCUCCACCAACUGUGAAGUCUGCGGCAAGUUCCUGUCGAACGACGUGCAGGCGCGCAAGCAUUACGAGACCGAGCACCCCGGCACCGAGUACCUCAAGCGGUACAUGUGCGACGUGUGCGGACACACCACGCGGCAAUACGCUAACCUGAUGGUCCACAUGCGGACGCACACGAAUGAGAAGCCGUACGAGUGUCCGCAGUGCGACCGGAGGUUCAGCAUGCCCAGCAACCGAGACAGGCACAUAGCGGUCCACACCGGCGAGAAGCGUUACCAGUGUCACCACUGCAACCGACGGUUCACGCAGAGCAACGCGGUGAAGCUUCACAUCCAGACCGUUCACCUGAAGAUCCCGUACGCGCCCUGGGACAAGAAGAACCGGAAGCGGCGCAAGGACGUGGAGCCUGCCCCCGCGCCCCCCGCGCUGCCCUGCCCCCCGCCGCAACACAAGGUGCUGCUGGAGGCGCAGGGAGACUACCUCAACGCCUACAUCACGUACAACGAUGUGUGAUGUUAUCUAUCUAUAUAUAUAUAUGAAGUCGUCGUGGCCUAAAAGAUAAGACAUCCGGUGCAUUCGUAUCUAGCGAUGCACCGGUGCUCGAA